GAGUCCCUACACCCCGGUCAUGUGAUCACGGGCACGUGACCUGUGACGUCAGGUCCUUCUAGGGGAUGGGAACUAGCCGCUACGGUGAGGAAUGGUGUUGUUAAGAUGGCGGCGCUGCAGGAGGAACGGAGUUACGGACUGUCCUGCGGGAGUGUCGGCGGAAGGGUGUCCGUCUUCCAUGUGAAGCUAACCGACAGCGCCCUACGAGCCUUUGAAAGCUACCAGAACAGCCAGGACUCCAUAAGCUUGAAGCCAGCUAUUCGAUUCCAAGGUAACCAAGGGCAAAUCACCAUCCCUCGACCAGACUGCCCUACGGAAGUGCGAACUUUCACAUUCUAUCUAUCAAACGUUGGCAGGGACAGCCCUCAAGGGAGUUUUGAUUGCAUCCAGCAGUAUGUUCAGAGCAAUGGAAAUAUCAAGCUCGAGUGUCUAGGCAGCAUCCAGGAUAAAAUCACUGUAUGCGCUACAGACGACUCCUAUCAGAAGGCGCGGCAGAGCAUGGCCCAAGCUGAGGAGGAGAACAAAAGCAGAAGUGCCAUAGUAAUUAAAAUGGGUGGUCGGUAUGGAGUUAAAAAGGUUCAAGUCCGAAAACCUGCACCAGGAGUUCCAGAUGCUGUCCCAUCUCGAAAAAAGCCAACGCCAGUCAACCUGGCCAGCGCAAUCAAAAAGAGCUCCAGUGUUACGGCACAGCGACCCUUUAAAGAUAGGGUCAUGCACUUACUGGCCCUCAAACCGUACAAGAAGCCGGAACUUAUUCUGCGCCUCCAGAAGGAUGGCCUUUCCAUGCAGGACAAGGAUUCCCUGGAUAGCCUCCUGCAACAGGUAGCGAUUCUGAGUGCCAAAGACUGCACUUAUACAUUGAAAGACUGUCUGUAUAAGGAGCUGCAGAAGGACUGGCCUGGUUACUCUGAAGGAGACCAGCAGCUGCUAAAAAGGAUUCUUGUCCGGAAGCUCUGCCAACCACAGAAUCCUGGAUCAGGGGGUGACGGUGCUCCUCUAAGCCCCCCCAAAGACAAUGUGAAUUCCUCUACUCCCUGCCCUCAGAAGCGACCUCAACAAAACCCAGAAUUCAUUGACCCUUUAGCCAACAAGAAGCCACGCAUUUCCCACUUCACACACAGAUCACAACCUAACUUCAAUGGAAAGCUAAAUUCUUCCAAUGGAAAGGAUUCACCAGCUCCCCCAACGUUGCCUCCAAGUGUGGAUCCAGUCAGCUCAAGUUCCCACCUACCACCCCCCCAUGAACCUCUUUCAGACUCCAGCACUGACACACAACACAAAGACUGUGAAGGCCAAGAAGCCUCUGAGAGGCUUGGCCACCCUCUAAAGACAGACUGUCCCAAAGAGGCCAAACAGAACUUUAACCCUACACGUGCAAAGCCCAAAAAGAAAUCUCGAAAGCACAAAGUGCGAGAUCGAACCAAGGUAAAAUGCACGGAAGAGAAACACAGCAUAUUGGGCAAAAGCUCUGGCUUCAUCAGUGGCUCUCCCCAUGUAGUGCUUGAUUUAAAUGGGACAUGCAGUAAUUCCAGUAUUCCCACAUCUACAUCAGAGAUGCCAGAUUAUAUUCUGAAAUAUGCAGCAAUCGCAUCGCAGGAACAGCGUCAGAGUUACAAAAAUGACUUCAAUGCAGAGUAUAAUGAAUACAGAGAUUUACAUGCAAGAAUAGAGAGGAUAACAAGCAGAUUUACCCAGCUAGACUCCCAGCUGAAACAGCUGUGCCCGGGCUCUGAGGAUUACAAGACUAUCCAUGAUCAAAUUUUACAAGAAUACCGUAAAAUUAAGAAAUCAAAUCCAAAAUACGGUGAAGAGAAGAACAGAUGUGAAUACCUUCAUAAUAAACUGGCUCACAUAAAGAAACUCAUUGCACAGUAUGACCAACAGCAGUUUCAGUCUUGGCAUUAAUGGCCACAUCCAGGUAGCAGUAUCUUUGCACCUGGGGAAGUGACUGUAUUUACAUUUUUUGUUUUCAUUGAAAUCUCUGUUCUGGUGAUACCAUUUCUCCGGCCAACACCAGUGAAAGUAUUUACCGUAAGGAGACGUCAGCCUUUUGGCUGAGUUCUUGGAAGUUUUUCUUCUGCCAGAUCAAGUAGUGGAAGCUGCACUUGGUUUAGGCACUUUUUCCAUAAAUGCAGUUUUAAUAUAAAACUUAUUUUAUUAUAAUUUUUAUUUUUUAUUUUUUUUUGUCAUCCCUUGCCCCCUUCCCUUUUUUUCAUCCCUUUUAAACAUUGGUUGGACUACUAAGAACUAUACAAAUGCCAAAAGAAGAUAUGCUAUUUUUAUUUCAUGAAUUAUUGCUGGAAUCCAAUAAUAAAUCAAUUAAUACUG